UGUGCGUCUCUCCCUCCAGGGUGUUCGGUCACAUCAGCUAUCGGUCAGACUGGGAGCUGGUCAAGGUGGACUUCAGACAGUCAUUCCCCAGACAGUGUACAGAGGGAGACUACGACUCCUGGAAACUCACAGAUCUGCAGGGAGAGAAGUGCAUCAUGGGUCAGGAGAGGAGUUUCAGGAAGAGGAAGGACACUGCGUUCUGUAUCAAGGGGAGGAGCUACACCUCUGCCCUGACUACCAAGCCCUGCCAGUGCUCCGAGAAAGACUUCAACUGUGACUAUGGGUUUGAACGUGCCCAGAGCCUCAAAACAGAGGGAGAUAGAUGCUUCGCUGGCUUCUGGCACGACCCAGACUCACCGCCUGACGACUGUCACCAGGGACACAACUUUGAGUCCAGUACUGGGUACAGGAAGGUUGUGUCCAACUUGUGUGAGGGGGGAGUGAACAAGCAGCAGAGCGCCAAGCAGCACACCUGUCCUCUGCUGCCGCCCAGAGGCCUCCAGCUAGGCAUCAAAGGACAGAUGCUGGCUGUGGCGCCUGGUGAUGACAUCACCUUCAUCGUCCACCAGGAGCAGGGUGACACCAGCAGCACUAAGUACCAGGUGGAUCUGGGGGACGGGAUGAGGGCCAUCUACCAGAACCUGACGGUGACAGACGAACCCAUCCAGCACCGCUACAAACAGCAGGGAGUCUACCGUGUCACCGUCAAGGCCGAGAACGUUGCCGGACACGACCAGGCCACCAUAUAUAUCCAGGUCACAGCCCCUCUACAGGAAGUUCACCUAGAAGUAGUUCCCAUCGCCGGGAUUAACCAGGAAGUCAACCUGACAGCUGUGGUGCUUCCCUUUGAGGCCAACUUGACUGUCUUCUACUGGUGGAUAGGAGACAACCUACAGCCCAAGAUGUCCCUGGGGAACAGUCUGAUAACGAGGUUCCCUGAGGAAGGAGAGGUGUCUGUCACCGUCCAGGCCUCUAACGGACGCUCCAUGGUGCAGGACACCAAGAACGUUCACGUCUACGACCGUUUCCAGGUAAUCCCCCUGGCCUUCAGCAGUAACCUGGACCGCCUCAACCCGAACAUUCCAGAGUGGAGGGAGGACGUGGGUCAGGUGGUCACCAAGAUAUUGGCAAAGAUCACAGGUAUCCCCCAGGAGUCCCUGGUAACCAUGGUGAAGCGGGGCCUGCCCACCACAGCUGACCUGUACGUUCUCCCACCAGAGAGCCAGCGUGCUAAGAGGAGCGUGUUUGUGGAUAAGCGUAUCCCUGCCAUCAAGCAGGCCUUCAGCGACAACAACGUUAGCUUCAUCGUACGAGGAGGUCUACAGGUGUUGGUGACGCUAGCUGACCCUAACGCAGGUUCUCAGGGUGGAGUGGCAGGUCCUGGAGUCUGGGCUCUGGCUGUCAUCUUCCUCAUCAGCCUCCUCGCUACCGGAUCCUUCAUCCUCUACAAGUUCAAGAGAAAGCUGCCCGGCCGGAACGUGUACGCCCAGAUGCACAACGAGAAGGAGCAGGAGAUGACCAGCCCUGUCAAUCACAGUGAGGACACGCAGCACAUCAUCCAGGGGGAGGAGUUUAUCGACGACGACCUGGACUCGCAGACUCUAGGUAACGCAGAAGGUAACCACUCGGGCGUGGUCCUGAGCAUCAACUCCAGAGAGCUGCACAGUUACCUGACCAGCUGAUGGCUGAACACGGACACGCUAACCAGCUAGCCAUGCUAACGAGCAUAGGGAACUCUACUCUGCCUUCCUCCUCUGUCUCUCUGUCUGACCAACCAAUCCACCGCUCCCCGUACAGAGGAAGAGAGAAAGCACCACAGUACUACAGUCUAGCAUUAGUCCCUCUCUCUCCUCUCCUCUCUGAUUCCUCUCCCCCUCUCCACGGCCCCUUGCUCCCUCGUUUCCGUCUCUCGCUCAGAGGGACACUUAUCCUCCGUUCUGCUCGUCCCUCUAUCCCGUCCUCCACUGUGUUACUGUAACAUCGGGGGUGUGGGCCAACUCUGCUUUUUACCCAGUGUCCUUUGCACCCAGUGUCCUUUGCACCAGUGUCCUUUGCACCCAGUGUCCUUGUGUCCUUAUACCCAGUGUCAUGACUGCUCUGUGUGUUCUCAUUGGCUAAACCCCUCAGAGACUGAUUGGACGCCACCCAGUGAGAAAAGAGAAAUCCGGUGACAUCACAGAGAACGCCCCGCCUACUGGCCUGCUAUUUAGAACGCUCGGGACUGUAAGACUCGUCUUUCACUGACUCUCACCAGGUAGUUUCCAGAUACGCUAUACAGUCCAUUUGGAAAGUAUUCAGACUCCUUGACUUUUUCACAAUGUUGUUACGUUGCAGCCUUAUUCUAAAAUGGAUUGAAUAGUGUUUUUCCCUCAUCAAUCUACACACAAUACCCCAUAAUGACAUCACAAUAUCCCAUAAUGACAUCACAAUAUCCCAUAAUGACAUUACAAUACCCCAUAAUGACAAAGCAAAAACAGGUUGUCAUUUUUUUUCAGACCCUUUACUCAGUACUUUGUUGAAGCACCUUUGGCAGCGAUUACAACCUCAAGUCUUCUUUGGUAUGACGGUACAAGCUUGGCACAGCUGUAUUUGAGGAAUUUCUCCCAUUGUUCCCUGCAUAUCCUCUCAAGCUCUGUCAGGUUGGAUUGGGAACGCCGCUGCACAGCUAUUCAGCUCUCUCCAGAGAUGUUCGAUUGGGUUCAAAUCCGAGCUCUGGCUGGGCCACUCAAGGACAUUCAGAGACUUGUCCCGAAGCCACUCCAGCGUUGUCUUGGCUGUGUGCUUAGGGUCAUUUUCCUGUUGGAAGGUGAACCUUCGCCCCAGUCUGAGGUCCUGAGUGCUCUGGAGCAGGUUUUCAUCAAGGAUCUCUCUGUACUUUGCUCCGUUGAUUUUUCCUUCAAUCCUGACUAGUCUCCACGUCCCCACAGCACGAUGCUGCCACCACCAUGCGUCACUUUAAAGAUGGUACCAGGUUUCCUCCAGAUGUGACACUUGGCAUUCAGGCCAAAGAGUUCAAUCUUGGAUUCAUCAAACCAGAGAAUCUUGUUUCUCAUGGUCUGAGAGUCCUUUAGGUGCCAUAUACUGAGGAGUGGCUUUACCAUAAAGGCCUGAUUAGGGGAGUCCUGCAGAGAUGGUUGUCCUGGAAGGUUCUCCUAUCUCCACAGAGGAACUCUGGAGCACUGUCAAAGUGACCAUUAGGUUCUUGGUCACCUCCCUGACCAAGGACCUUCUCCCCCGAUUGCUCAGUUUGGCCGGGCGGCCAGCUCUAGGAAGAGUCUCUGUGGUUCCAAACUUCUUCUAUUUAAGAAUGAGGCCACUGUGUUCUUGGGGACCUUCAAUGUUUUGGUACCCCUCCCCAGAUCUGUGCCUCGACACAAUCCUGUCUCGGAGCUCUAUGGACAAUUCCUUCGACCUCAUGGCAUUGUUUUUGCUCUGACAUGCACUGUCAACUGUGGGACCUUAUAUAGACAGGUGUGUGCCUUUCCAAAUCAUGUCCAAUCAAUUGAAUUUACCACAGGUGGACUACAAUAAAGUUGUAGAAACAUCUCAAGGAUGAUCAAUGUAAACAGGAUGCACCUGAGCUCAAUUUUGAGUCACAUAGCAAAGGCUCUGAAUACUUAUGUAAAAAAGGUAUUUUUGUUUUUUAUUUGAAUACAUUUGCAAACAUUUCUAAAAUACUGUUUUCAUUUUGUCUUAAUGGGGUAUUGUGUGUAGAUUGACGAGGAAAAAAAUGCAUUUAAUCAAUUUUAGAAUAAGGCUGUAAGGUAACAAAAUGUGGGAAAAGUCAAGGGGUCUGAAUACUUUCCAAAUGCACUGUAUAUACAAAAGUAUGUGGACACCCCAUCAAAUUAGUAGAUUUGGCUAUUUCAGCCACACCCGUUGCUGACAGGUGUAUAAAAUUGAGCACACAGUCAUACCAUCUCCAUAGACAAACAUUGGCAGUAGAAUUGCAUUACUGAAGAGCUCAGUGACUUUCAAUGUUGGAUGCCACCUUUCCAACAAGUCAGUUUGUCAAAUUUCUGCCCUGCUAGAGCUUCCCCGGUCAACUGUAAAUUAUUUUACUGUGAAGUGGAAAUGUCUAGGAGCAACAAUGGUUCAGCCACGAAGUGGUAGACCACACAACCUCACAGAACGGGACCGCCUAGUGCAUUUCCGUGCUUCAAACUUUGUGGCAACAGUUUGGGGGAAGCCCUUUCCUGUUUCAGCAUGACAAUGUCCCCGUGUACGAAGUGAAGUCUAUACAGAAAUGGUUUGUCGAGAUCGGUAUGGAAGAACUUGACUGGCCUGCACAGAGGCCUGACCUCAACCCUAUCGAACACCUUUGGGAUGAAUUGGAUCGCCGACUGCGAGCCAGGCCUAAUCGCGCAACAUCAGUGCCCGACCUCACUAAUGCUCUUGUGGUUGAAUGGAAGCAAGUCCCCGCAGCAAUGUUCCAACAUCUAGUGGAAAGCCUUCCCAGAAGGGUGGAGGCUGUUAUAGCAGCAAAGGGGGGACCAACUCCAUAUUAAUGCACAUGAUUUUCGAAUGAGAUCUUCGAUGACCAUAUGUCCACAUACUUUUGGUAACGUAAUGUAUCCUAGUUCACUAGUAGUAGGAGGAUAGUGGGGUGCGUACACAGUAUCAGCAAAACAGAACCACGCAAUGACCGGGCCAUAGCCGUGAGAAGUACAGUUUGGUAAAAAUAAUUCUCACACACAUUCUGGAUGGGCAUAGUUUAGCAGUGGAGAAAAGAGAGGUCGAGUUGUUGACACCUCCAUUACUACCAAAUGAAGAGAAGUCAUGUUUUUAGGAGAAGCAAUUUAUAAUUGGCUCUUUCUCUCUCACACUUCAAAUGCAAUAAUACUCUUAUUCGGGAAAGAAUGAGAUUGAGCGCCCACUUUAAAUCUGCAGGGAAGUUAUAUGAAGGAUAGGACGUGGAGCGGGAGCAGUCUGAACUGAGGCACGGUUGCCUUUGUGAGAAGAACGCAACUACACAUUUAGGCACUAGGGGGUGGUGUUGCUCUGUUUAUAAAUCCCAGAUACAAGUACUUGAGUUGAGCUAAAAUGAAGCAUGUGGGAAGAUCCUCUUUCAUUCACCAUUAUUUACAUGCAAUCCUUGUUCAUAUGUUUUCCUUUCAUCAUACAACAAUGUAUAAGAAUGGUCUUUAAUAAUUAAUAUUUUAAUCAUUAUUUUAAAAGAUGAAGUAUUUGUAUACUUUGUUUUAUGUUUAUGGUACUUGAUGAGCAGGUGAGGUUAAACGAGUGACACUUAGAAUGGUGUGUGGUUGUGUGAUAUUUCAGCACAUUUCCAGCAUGUCACCUCCCCCGGUUAGAAAGCCAUUGUUUGCCCCACGGUGCCUAAAAAGAAGUGGCUCUCCUCUGCUCAUUUAACAUGAACUACAACUCCAGCCAAACCUCUCAUCAAAACGACAAAAUCCCACAUUUCCUGUGCAUUUCCUCUGUUUAUUUACUAAUAACAGUUUGACCCCGACCCCAAGAUAGCCCCCUGGGUCAGAGGUCAACGUGAGUUCAUUUCCCCAGAGACAAAGUCGUCGUCAUGGAGAUGGCGUGGCUGUCAUUAUUGAGCCUAUGUUAGGCAGAGUUAGUGGUGGUAUUUCUCCCCAUUAGAAUUUGUCUUGUGUACAUAGAUUUGUAUAUAUGAACAACCUCUCACUGUAUAUAGUCCUUCACGUGAGUGUGAGUAUUUUACACCGAUACCAAAACAUACCCAGUUGUUUUUUUGGAGGUCUCCUCCACUGUUUCCUCUCAUAACAGUACAGUGAGAGUUUCUCAAUACCAUAGCUUGCUUCUCAUGUAUCAGUUUGUGAUAUUUCAGUGUAUAGCUAAGUGUCAUAGACUUUUAGAUAGGCUACUUUCUGUUGCAUCCAUUGUUUAACUGGAUCUCUAAUUAUCAAAUCUAUAACAUUGGUAAGUGACUUUCCUUCCCUUCUCAAAAUAUCCCAAGAUGUUUCAUUUGCACUAAGGACGUAGUCAUGAAGAGUACAGUCUAGAGUGAAGUGGACCAUCUUCACACAUUGGGCCAUACAGACUUGCUAGGGAUGUUUUGAAUGAGACACCAGUCUACAGACCAGUGCUCAUAGUCAAUCUCUAGCUUUCCAGUGAGUGAGUUACAUCCCUGAUGGUAGGCCUGAUACAUCCAGACACACACUGGCCUGCCUGUUCUUCAUGUUCUGUUGUACAUAUAUAUGCUUAUAUUUGGCUUCUUCUUAGUUUUCUAGCCAUGUCUCGUCUGUUAUUAUGUCCACCCCUUGUUGAAGGGGGUGGGGGGUCAAGAGAAUCCAAUAUAUUUGUGAAGGAGAUUCACUGUUGAUGACUAAGACCAUGUGAAGUUGACCUCACAGUUUUAUUCAUGUUUUUUUGGUUUGUUUGAAUUUUGGUAAAUAAAUGAAAAAUGCUAUGAAAUCCUCAACAGAAAGCGUAGUGCACUUAACCUGCAUUCUGGAAUAAAUCACUCCCCCUAAAUAUA